CGGCAACCUCAACUUCCCCAUCUCCGUCGUGCAGCAGAUGAUUAGGACUGCCAAACAUGUGGCUUUGCUAAAAUAGGAUUCCUAACAUUGACAUCGCUAAAACAACAUUAGAAACGUUUGCACUUUGUUUUCCAUGACAUUUGGUGUAUUAAAUCUCUUUUCUUAUCUAAAUACAUGUAUUUCUCUUCUCUUUGGACUCUUUUAUCCUUCUGUCAUUUGGAGGUUGAUUACGUACGGGAAUUUCAUCGGUCUUUCAUCUGGCCACCGAUCGAUUCAUCUCCCGGUACGAGUAUGACCGCGCCCUAGUGAUGCCGCCGGCCGCCCAGCUGCCGCCCCUCCUUCCCUUCCAAUCUGGCGCAUGCCGCUCCCCUGCCUGGUGCCGAUGAUGGAUGGAGAGCCUCCACUUGGUGUCGAUGGAACCAACGAUCCUGGUGCCUCAUUGCAUAUGCCUCAUUGUUUAUUAAUUUUUACUAUAUAUGAACUUGUGCACUUCAUAUAUGCCAUGCCCAGCCAAGGCACCGGCACCAGCCAAGGCACUGCCCAGCUAGGCGGCGACGGCAGGCAGCAAGUCAGUCACGGUAGCUGCCCAGCCAGCCAGCCCAGUGAAGAACGACCUAUGAAAUUCCCGUAUGUAACCAACGUCCAGAUGACAGAAGGAUAAAAGAGUCCAAAGAGAAGAGAAAUACAUGUAUUUAGAUGAGAAAAGAGAUUUAAUACACCAAAUGUCAUGGAAAACAAAGUGCAAACGUUUCGAAUGUCGUUUUAGCGAUGUCAAUGUUAGAAAUCCUAUUUUAACAAAGGCACAUGUUUGGGAGUCCUAUAAUAGCAAUUUUCUCCGUUGGAACGGGACUUUGGUGCAGGAUGUAUGACUUUGAUCGGAAUGGCACCAUGAGCUUCGAAGAGUUUCUGGCUCUCAACAAAUUUCUUCAGAAGGUGCAAAGUGUGUUCUCCACCCUGGAAAGGGGUCGUGGAUUUCUAAGUCUUGAGGAGGUGUAUGAGGCAUUAAUCAAACUUGGUUUCUCGUUGGAUUCACCAGCCUUCUACACAGUUUGUGAGAGCUUCGACAAGAGCAAGAAGGGGAUGAUUCAAUUGGAUGAGUUUAUAUCACUCUGCAUUUUUGUGCAGUCAGCUCGUAACCUGUUCAAUUCAUUCGAUACAAGUAAGCAAGGAAGAGUGACUUUGGAUUUUAACCAAUUCGUGUACUGCACGGCAAACUGCAGGAUAUAACGUGGUUGUACAUGGACGCCCAAACAAAAGUUAGCAGUGUGAAGUGCGAACGGUUAGCCAAACAAACUUUAGUUCUGAACCGGCAGCUGGAUGGUAUUGCAAUUCAUUGUUUGCCAUCCAAGGCUUGUUGUACCAUCAUUUUGCCUGAAUAUAUUCUUGGUCACCUAUUGGUCAAUUCGUGUCCAGUUUUCUAACGUCCUGGGCUGUAUAUACAGAAUAAGCCAUUGCAAUUUGUGGCUGUAUUUAUUUGUAUCAAAUAUAUCAAGUAACAAGUAAUCCAGACAUCCACUCCUUUCUAUUGU